AUGCCUCCGUCUCUCAGCGCUCACCCUAGCUUCACGCGCCCGCGCACCGGCGAGCGCGAAGGCCGCCCGCUAACCCGCGACCAAGCUGCCGACACCAUGCUCAUCCCGAGCCGAACCUCGUCGCUGCACUCGCGCAUCACCCAGCCAAUUCCUUCGAGCUUCAAUGCCAAGCCCCAGCAGCGCACCCCCAAGACUCUCACGCAUGCCUAUCUCGUCUGCGGUGUUGGCCGCGAGCCGUCGCAAUGGGUCAGGGCCCCCGCGCCUGUCCAGGGCAAGAUUGGCCACAUGAAGGGCGCUGUCAGCCAGUUCUGGCUGCCCGAGAUUUUGGGCAGCAGUCCUCGCCUGGAACAGGAUAAUGAGAUUGCCAGAGCUCUCCACGCCGCUAUGAGGGCCUGUUUCCCCCACGAUGUCGAGAUCUGCACCGGCCGUAGCCAGCCUCACUGCUCUCACCACUCCUUCGUCCUACAGCAGGACUCGUCACAGACUCUUUACGGUAUUUGCCUGCGGGUGUGGUCCCGCGCUGACGAGAAGCGAGCCGAGACUAUCCGUGACCUGCGCAAGCGAACAGAAACCGACUUCUACGACAACCCGGAUGAGACGUACUGGAUUCCAUACUGUCUCUCAUUCCUCUCCCGAUACCCUCUGUACAAUCUACUAGGCGAUUACCUUCGUGGCAUGUGGAUUCACUGGAACAAGGCGACCAACCUCUUCCAUGCUGAGGAAGUCUCCCGCAUUCUCAGCUUCCCCGCGCCCCGACUCAACGAUCUUGUCCGAAUUGACAUGAAGGAUUAUGCGCUCUGCUACCAGUUCCCUUCCUCGCCCACCGGAUUCCAGAACUUCGCCAUGUGGCCGCUCUUCAACUGCCUGUCCAUUCCCAACAUUGUCGGUGUCAUGGAGGCUGCGAUUUCCCCUACACGCCGCAUCAUCUUUGUCAGCCACUACCCUGCUAUGCUCACCGUUGCCGCCGAAACUGUCCGAUACUGUGUGCGAGUAUACGAGUGGAGCGGUCUAUACGUUCCUGUUGUCCAUGCCCGCCAUGCCAGUGAGCUUGUCCAAGAACCAGGUCCUUAUAUCCUCGGUGUCACCGCUGAAUGUCGCUCGCUCUUCAACGCACCCAAUGACGCGCUUGUCGUUGACCUGGACCGGAACUUUGUUCUUACCUCCAGCCCUCCUACUGCUCUCACUCCUGGCCAGCGCAACAAGUUCGUGACUCGCCUGACCCAGGCGCUUAACGGCGACGUUGUCCCUGCCGGUGUACCGCACCAUCUUCGCUCCGCAUACGGCGGCGGUAAGCUCAUUCCUGCCGGCCAGAUUAUUGUUAUGCGCGGCGAGGUCGAGUCUAUCCAGGAACCCGAGUGGUGGAACCAAGAUUCUGUCAUGGCUGUCAUGGACCACGUCUGUGAGAAGCUCGGCCGCAACACUGGUAUCAAGGCUGUCUUUGGUGGAUCGGUUAAGAAGCCGCUCAUGACCAAGGUCUCCAUGAGACACCUCAACGAAAUUGUGCGAGAGCGUAACCAGUACUCUCGUGAUGCCCAAGAGGCUUGGCAGGACUUUAUCAACCUCAAGGGUCGCAUGGACACGGAGCUCAACAAGGUCAACAAGCGCAACAACUAUCUCGUGGAAGAGCUUGAGAGCUGGAAGCAACAGUUCCUCAAGUUCCAGGCCUUUGCCGAGCAGCUUACCAAGGAGACGCAGGAUCUCAAGGUCAAGAUUGAGACUCACAAGCGUGAGAACCGCCGCCUCGCUGGCCUCAUCGACCAGCAAAAGGAAGAAAAUGCGCGCACGUCGACGCGGCUUAGCGGCACCGAGAAGCAGCGCGACGAUGCCCUCGAGGCCCUUGUUCUUCAGCAGGAGAUUGCCGAGGAGCUGGAGCGCGAGCGCAAGAAGAACAAGAAGGAGCUUUCCCAGCUGCAGCACACCAGCACCACGCUCGUGCGCCAGCGCGAUGAAGCGCGGCGUGUCGUUUUGCACCUCCGCAGCCUGAUUGGCGGCCAAAGCCACCACAUGGAGCACCUGAUCCAGUCGCUGACCAAGCCGGACGAGCUUGUCAAGGAGAUUGAGGAGGGCUACUACGAUGACGUGCCCGGCGAGGACGACGAGAGCACCGAGGGCAUGACGGAGGAACAGUCGCAGACUCUACGGCUGUCCCGCAGCGCCAAGCGACUCUCGGCCGCCAGCUUCGCCGACGUCGCGGACCGGCACCUCAAGGACAAGACGGACGCCAUUGCACACAUUGUCCGCAAUAUUGCCGACCAGUGCCAGGCGGCUGUUGAGAGCCUCCAGAUGGCCCAGGACGCCGAGACGCCAACCUCGUCGCGCCGCCACAGCAACCUGCCCAGCGCGGCGCAGAGCGACGACGACACGCACUCAGCCGCCACGUCCGAGGUGGGCGAGGAACGACUCCGCCGCCGCUCCGGGCGUCCCUCGAGCAUCCCGCCCACGCCCGACUUGGUGCCUAACCGCAGCAGCACCGCCAUGUCGUUUGUCUCGGCGACGACGACGCCUGAGCGCAACAGCACUCAGUACUACCAACACCAGCGCGAGGACGUGCCCACCAAGAUUGUCGAGGACGACGAGGAGGCAGAGUACGAGGAGACGAGGAGCGACAGCGCGGCCGGUGGCAACGAGCAGGGCGUCGUCGCCAAGCACGGCGACUCGCUGCUGCACCGGCCCUCGGGUGCGCGCAUCAGCGCCCUCGGCGGUACGCGUUGA